AUGAAAGUUAAAUGUCCUUUUAGCUUGAGAUGUGUUCCAAGUGGUAUCAGUUGGAAGGUGAUGGUUAGAUGCGGAAUGCACAAUCAUAAACUAUCCAAGGAUUUGGAAGUUCAUGACAUAUUGGGUCGUCUAAAAGAUCAGGAAAGAAAUUUUGUGAAUGACAUGACGAAAUACAAUAUGGCUCCAAGAUACAUAGUUGCUGCUUUGAAACACAAAGAUCAAAAAAACCUCACGAGUGUUACUCAGGUGUAUACAACUAGAGCUACAUACAGAACGAGCAAGAGAGGUGCAUUGGCAGAAAUGCAGAUGUUGUUAAGCCUUAUUCAUAAAGAGAAAUACAUGUGUUGGACUAGAAAUAGGGACAAGUCAGAUGUUGUAACUGAUAUCUUUUGGACAUAUCCUGAUUCUGUGAAGUUGCUGAAUAUGUUUCAUUUGGUGUUGAUUUUUAAUUGCACUUACAAGACAAAUAGGUACCGGAUACCACUAGUUGUGAUUGUUGACAUUUUCAGUUGCCUUUGCCUAUUUGGAACAUGA